CACAAAACCCUACUGUGGUGCUUCGCCAUACUGUGCACGGUUAAUAUGAUGCUUAUGACCUUGAUACUUGCACUGCCCUGUAGACCGGUCAGAGCCCAAUGGGAUGCGACCAUCGUCGAAAAGAAGUGCUUGGAUAGUUGGCUCAUCAUCCAUAUUUGCGUCUACGCGUCGGCAUUCUCGGCCUUUCUGGACGUAUAUUCGGCACUUUACCCAGCCGCAGUCUUUUGGAAGCUCAUUUCGGAUUCGAGGAAAAAGAUUGCUCUCAGCCUCAUGCUGGGACUGGGCGCCAUG